GGGAUUUGCGGGUCUGCACUCCUUCGCACCAUGUCUUCGUCUCGAGAUAGGUCGCGACUGAGGGCACACGAUGAUCCUGAACUGGUCGACGAUUUGAACGAUCUCCUGGACAAGCUGGACAUGCAACUCCCGUUUACUCUCGAGACCACGUUCGACUUGACGCCCUCGCUCCUCCUGGGCAUCCUGGAGUCGAUCCUGGAGUCGCGACUUCCUAUCACUGCUGCCAUACGCGCCUCGCGUGACUUCGCGAGCAAAGUCCAGGCGAUGAAGAUCUUCCUCGGCGUGUUCGAGAGCGACGUGCUCGGCGGCGUGGACGUCGGCCUGAGCGACAUCGACCCGCGCAGGCUCGCGGCAGGUGAGGAGGAAGAGGUCAUGUUCGUGGGUGAGCUACUCUGUUGGCUCGGCAGGCAGCGCGGCAUCCUCCCGCCAGGUGCGGGCCCGUCCCAGGAGGACGACUUCCCGCCAUCCUUGCCCAAACAACAGCGUGCCAUGUCGCCCUCUACCCAUUCUACCGUGACGAGCGGGAUCCACUCCAACCUUUCCAUGAUGCCGACAGCCUUGGCAGAAACCGAUACGACCGUCAUGUCCGUCGCCUCCGAACCCCUCCCUCCGCUCGCCCAAGCUGCACUCCCAGAUCUGCCAAGUCUCCCGCCCGUACCCGACCACGCCGCGAGUGCAAGCGGCAGUGGCUCGCUCCGGAGACAACCACGGUGCAUCCACGAAGUAGACGAUACGUCGUUCCUCGCAGACUUGAGUCUGGAGAGCAGCACGUCCGUAUGCCAUUGCACGACAUCCGACGCCGAAGACGACCUCCCGGCCACUCCCAAGUCCCCGCCCCCUAUCCGCCGCGCCGGCUGGAUAAACCACGCUGAUGAGAAGUCGGAGCUGGACUUCUACCAUCGCCGGCGCGCACCUUCUAGUGCCCCGGCCACCGCGGCGCGGCGCGUGCAUUCAUCCCCCGGUCUCACAACGCCAGCUCCGAUGCGUCCCAGAGAGAGCACCCUCGGGAGCACGCCGAGACGCAUCAUCACCUCGCACAAUGCACCGACGCAGUAUACCCUCGCGCUGCUCAACGAGCGGGCACGGCUGUUGGAUGAACUCGCAAAACUCAAGGCGGCCUCACUUGUGAAGUGAACCUCGCCUGAGCCCCUUAUCUUAGUUUGGCAUAGUUUUGGAUGUGCCGUGUCGUGUUGUCUCAUUCUUCGCUUUCACAUCUGCUCUCGAAGUUCCGUCUUGCUUUCCGAUCGUCGCAGUCUCGUUCUUGUAUCUCACAUUCUACUCCCCUUUACAUAUGUACCCACCGCGCCAUGUACACAGUGCGCUUAUUUACC